UUGGCCCCGGGAGUGUACGAUGCAAAUUUUUGUAAAAACCCUCACGGGUAAGACCAUCACUCUUGAGGUCGAACCGUCGGAUACCAUCGAGAAUGUUAAAGCCAAGAUCCAGGACAAAGAAGGAAUUCCUCCAGAUCAGCAGCGUUUGAUUUUCGCUGGCAAGCAGCUGGAAGAUGGUCGCACCCUUUCUGACUACAAUAUCCAGAAAGAGUCCACUUUGCAUUUGGUGCUCCGCCUGCGUGGUGGCGCCAAGAAACGCAAGAAGAAGAACUACUCGACUCCCAAGAAAAUUAAGCACAAGAGGAAGAAGGUCAAGCUAGCUGUCUUGAAAUACUACAAGGUUGACGAGAACGGUAAGAUCCAUCGUUUGAGACGCGAGUGCCCUGGCGAGAACUGUGGUGCUGGUGUCUUCAUGGCUGCUCACGAGGAUCGUCAUUACUGUGGCAAAUGUAACUUGACUUUUGUGUUUAGUAAGCCAGAAGAAAAGUAAGUGCCGGCGCUUUAGAUCAGGCAAUUAUUUCUACUGUAAUUAAAUGAAAUAAAUAUGAACUAAAACAAGCCUGAAA